UUGCUGAAACCAUUGAACAGUUGAAUUGCAUUUACAGCAGCAAAUCGCAUUAACAGCCAGUAGUUCUCUAUAAAAAGUUUAAAAUUAAAAGUUGCACCGAAGUCUAUUGCAUUAUCAACCAAUCAUGUAUUGCAAUCCAUUCGCAUUAGUCAUCACUGUGAUGUUCACGUCUAUAGCUGCAUCUAAUGACCAAGAGUACUGGAUAAAACAGGCUGAAAAAAAUGCUGCGAAGAAUCUAGAUCAAUGGCCAACAGUUGUUGAAUCAUUUAUUUCCGGCACCAAUUCGAAACUGAUUAGAGACGAAAUCGUACUUUUCCAGACACAAAUUAGUGAUAGUGUCGAUAAUAUGAACUCAUUUGUGCCAAAUCUAAAAUCAGUUGUCAAUUAUAUCAAUUCAACUGUUGCUGCUAGUCCAAAUUUCUAUCGUCGAAGUGUUCUACACACGAUUCUGUGGUAUAUAGAGGGGAAACGGGAUAAUAUGUCGUACUAUUUAUUCGAUGGGGCAGUUAAUUGGGUGUUGAAACGACUAGCUGAAUUAAACUCAAAAGGUGGUCAGUCAGGUGUAUUAGCAACGAAAUUGACAGAUGCCGCAAAUGCUAUUGCAAAUCUACGAGACAAACUUGAUUCACAAGCACAGAAUUAUGUGAAAAUCAUUGCAAAUAUUGACAAAUUAAGCGAACAUAUUUGCAAAAAUAUCGAAGAUAUUCGCGUAUUAGCAUCUGGUCUUGCAGAUGCUUUUGAAAAAUCAACUUUGCUCGCGGAUGCUGAUCAAGUGAACGAUUCCGUAAAGUCGAUAACUGUGUAGGUAUUUG